AUGUUUAGAAAAAUCACAUUCGCAAAGAAAAACGAAAAAUUUGUUCCAUAUGACAAAUAUCACAGAAAGUUAACUACUCUCAGAAACUUAAGAACGAAACAUCAUAGAUUGCUAAAAUCACACAAAAAAUUGGAAAGAAAAAAUGAAGAAUAUGAACGUAUUCUUACCUCCAUUGCCAAUAUCUUUAAGAAUGAACCAUCAAUUGAUAACAAUGAUGAAUUAACCUCUCAACAUGAUUCCACUGAAACUGUCGAAAACACACAUUCAUCUAAUGAAUCAAUUAAUAUCGAAGAUAAAUCAACUCAAUAUAUCGAAACUGAUGGAGAAAAUAAUAUUAAUGAAUUUAUUCAACAUAAUACCGAUGAAGCGAUUUAUAUCACAGAUGAUGAAAAUAUUCAACCUAAUAUCGGCGGAAUGAUGUAUAACACAGAUGAAUCUAAAGACAAGAUAAAAUAUAUCAACAACCCAACUCAACUUGUAACUAAUGAUGAAAAUUAUAUUGAUGAAUCAAUCAAUAGAUCGAUUCACAGUACAGACGAACAAUUACAAUCUGAUUUCACAGAGACUAAUAUGAACGAAUCAAUUCAAAGUAAUCUCAACUUUAAUGAAUCAAUUCAAAGUAAUCUCAACUUUAAUGAACCAAUUCAAUCAGACUUUACCGAAUCGUGUAAAAUAAAUAACUAUAGUAAUCAACAAAAUAUCAUAGAACUAUUCGAUAUCCACGGAAAUAUAUAUUAUAUUAAUACUCAAUCACUGAAAUGUUGA